AUGCGCGUUUCACCAUCGUUGGAUUCUGACGACCAGUGGCAAAUUGCGCUUCGCAAUCAGAUCGAAGAGAUUGCACGGCGAAACAGUGGCCAUAAGAAGUAUGCGCAGGUUGAGGAUCGAACCAAGGAAAUGGACGAUAUUGUGAUUCGAUUGCGAGAGCUGUACAGCACGAAUCGCACUGAGGCAGCACGGCUGCACGUGCAAGCGCUAUCCAUACUUGACGAGACCGAUCGCCUGAUUGCAGCAACGAUGCUUGAUGCGACACAUAUAAAGCCGUACAUGAACGCUAUUGGGAAUGCCCGUAAAAAUUGCCAAAAUAGCAAUAAAAUUAUGCCCGAGAAAACUGUAAGUACAGUUCACUAG